CCUGUUUGGUAACCAAGCGCGCUAAGAGGUUGCUAGGGCUGCUGGGCCGCCUUCGAGGAACAGGGCUCAGACUUUGAGGAGUUGAAUCCGCUGGUUCGGGGUCCCAACGCCGCCGCCGCCAGCAUGAGCAGCGACUUUCUGGCCGACCUGCACUGGGAGGAUGGCUUCGCCAUCCCCGUGGCUAAUGAGCGCAACAAGGAGUUGGAGUCAACGCUGCUGAAAAUGCAGAACGAGAGGGCAGCCCUGCGGGAUCAGCUCUGUGACUAUGAGGAGAGAAUUAAUGCCAUGAAGUGUCAUUUAAAAAAUGUCAAUCAGGAGUUCUCGUUCACCCAGUCUCUUUACAGAGCCAGAAAGAAUGAGAUUGACACCGAAAAACACUUAAAGGCCAUUGCUUUGAGAGAAAUGGGACGAGUGACUGACGAGAUUCACCGAAUAGAAAAAGAAAUGUCUACAGUCAGAGAAAGGAAAACUGAAAGGGAAAAUAUCAUAUUCAAAACGUCUCAAAAACUGGAAUGUCUGAGGUGUCAGAUGAAUUGGGACCAGCAAGCUCUGGAGGCUUGGCUAGAAGAAUCAGCUCAUAAAGACAGCGAUGCAUUCGCCCUCCAGAAGUACACGCAACAAGACGACAGCAAAAUCAGGGCACUAAUCCUGCAAGUCGAGAAGCUGACAAUAGAGUGCAACGAGAAGCGGAGGACACUGGACAAUGAACUUACUGAGACCCUGUCUGCUCAGAUUGAGCUGGAUAAGGCAGCACAAGAUUUUCGACGGGUUCACAGUGAAAGGCAAGAACUCAUCAAACAGUGGGAAGGGACCAUAGAGCAGAUGCAAAAAAGAGAUAAAGACAUUGAUUUUUGUGCUUUGUUAUUAGCAAAGGCAAAACAGGAGCUAAGAUCCAAAGAAACCAUGAUUAAGGAAAAGAUCAAGUUCUUGGAGAGCGAGAUUGAAAACAAUGCCGAGUACGAGAAGAAAAUCACAAUUGCUGAUCGUAAAGCUUUGAAACUGCGACUGGACUAUCAAAAUUGUGAAGCCAAUCGACUGCAGCUCCAGGAUGAGCUGGACACCCUCAAAGCCACGGUUGCUAGAACGUCAAGUGACCUGGAAGCCAUUCGGAGAGAGGUGAUGAGUCUGAAGAAAAGAAUUCAGGAAAAGACUGACAGGUUAAACGAUACUCGAGAACAGAAUGAGAUGCUCAACAAAAAACUGAAAGAAAUCUCGGAGAAAACCAUGAAUGUGGAAGAGAAAGCCACAAGAUUGGAAAUGAUGCUCAAAGAGGAGGAAAAAAUUGUCAAGAAUGUGGAGAUUCAUUUGAGUAGAGUAAAGGAAGUACUUUUCAAGAGUGUGGAGAAGUUGAAAAUUGCGACGCAUGAGGAGAAGUCUGUUAUAUCCGAAAUUGAGGGCACCCGCUCCUCCCUAAAAAGCCUCAACAACCGGUUAUACAAACUUGAUUUAGAAACCCUGAAGCAACAAGAGAUCAUGUAUAACCAGGACUUUUAUAUUCAGCAAAUAGAGAGACGAAUGUCACGGCUCCAGGGAGAACUUAACGUGGAGGAAAAGAUGCUCCUUGAAACAAAACUUAUUGAUCUUAGGAACACUUUUGAAGAGAAAAAAAAUACGUCAGAGCUAUUAGAAAACCAGAUCAAGAAACUGGAUAAUGACCUCUAUUUUCUCAAGAAGUCAAUAUAUAAAAGUGGUGAAGAAAAAAAUGGUCUUUUGAACAAAAUAAGUGAACUCAAUCUUUUCACUGACAGAUCAGAAAAAGAAUUGCUGAAAGCCAAACACCUGAAACAGGAACUGCUGAUUGAAAGCAAUCUUCAGAAGCUAGAAGUGAAACGUCUCAGAGAACUGCUUCACUCUAAAGCAGAUGAAGUCCUUUCCCUGGAGAAACGAAAGCAGCAAUUAUACACUGCAAUGGAAGAGCGGACUGAGGAAAUCAAGGUUCACAAGGCAAUGCUUUCAUCGCAGAUCAGAUAUGUUGACCAAGAACGGCAAAGCAUCAGUGCUGAAUUUCAUGACCGACUAAGUCACAUUGAUAAACUGAAGAACAGAUAUGAACUUCUUACAGUGGUCAUGAUGCCUCCUGAAGGGGAAGAGGAAAAAACACAAGCCUACUAUGUGAUAAAGGCAGCACAAACCAAGGAAGAGCUUCAGCGUGAAGGUGACAAUCUGGAUACCCAGAUACACAAGGCUGAGAAAGAAAUCUAUGCCCUAGAAAACACGCUGCGUGUGCUGAACACCUGUAACUCCAACUACAAACAGUCUUUUAAGAAGAUCACUCCUGCCAGUGCUGAAUAUGAAAUAAAAAUUAAGCUGGAAGAACAAAAAAGAAAUGUGGAUGAAAAAUACAGAUAUAAGCGAAGACAAAUCAGGGAACUUCAGGAGGAUAUCCAGAGCAUGGAAAACACUUUAGAAGUCUUGAAAAAUCUAAUAAACAAUUGCAAAGAAAGGUUUGCAGAGAAGCAGGUGUAUGCAAUUGAAUUAAACAAUAACACCGAAGAGCAGAAGCCCAAAAUAGAGAGAGUCAAGAGACAGUGUACUAAACUCACUAAAGAAAUCCGUCUUGCAAAGGAAACUGAAGAACCAACUGUAGAAGAAUAUGAUAUCAGUCUUCGAGAAAUCAAAGACUACAACAAGUCCAUUGACAAAUUAUUAGUUGAGGCUACAGAAGAAAAUCCCGAGUUAUGUGGCAUUUUCCAAACAUACUUUCAACAGGUGGGUUUGGAAUUACCAACAGCAAAUACUACGAGUAGCCGCCGCAUGUCUAGGUCUUCUUCUCAGAGUUCACUAUCAGCACGGUCAACAAAGAGUGUAAAUGCUGCCUCGGUUUCACCCAAAGUUGUGCAGUUGGGCUUGCAAAUCUCUUCGCCAGUGAGUUCAGUCAGUCCUGCUAGUUCCAGUAGUGAAAAAAGCCAAAAAUGACAUUUUUAAAGCUCCAGGAUGAAUUCAUAUUUAAUAAUGUUUUUGAAUGUUAAACAAAAUGUAGGUGGAGUUUGUAUUUAGGUAUUGUAUAUUAGUAUACAAAAAAAAUAUUAUGAUACUGUUGGAAAUUCUAAGUGACCAAAGAAGUUUU